GAACAAAACGAAAACUGGAGUAGUAGUUAUGAGUUUUCCGAAUGGCAUUCCUCACUACCAUCCCUGACUCUUUUCCACCUGGUCGAAAAGAGGCCAGGGAUGUUCUGAAGAAUGUAACUCCGUAACCACCUCUAAAGUAGACGAGGAUCGGACAACAGGAGCCGAGAAGUUUGCGGUGAUCGCAACUGCUGUCGCAGAAAUAGAGAAUGAGAAUCCCUAUAGUGCUCCAAGUUUGUUAGAGGCAGCGGUGACGCAAGAAGAGGCUGCUGUUGUUAAGGCCGCUUCAAGAUGAAAUUCUAAUCCAUCGAUCUACUUAGCCAAGAUGUCGAGCAUCUUGGUCCUGCUCUUGUUCUUUCUAAAGGGAAAGCCGGAAGCAUCUUGGUCCUGCGCUUGUUCUGUCUAAAGGGAAAUAGACCUAGAGGGGCACUUCCUCAGGUUCAGAUGGAUUUCUUCUAGGACUCUAAUUUUGGCAUCUUAGAAGAUGUUGAUGAUGCAACUCCAGCACCAGAGGUAGUCCUUCAUAUGCCGUCAAGCGAGAAGGGACGACCCAAGGUUGCGAAUCGCGAUAUUGCAAAGAUGGCCAUGCAAUUGUCCAAGCUUGAUGACAAGCAAUUCCAAAUCUUGCUGCAAGAGUCUAACCGCAUGGCCGCGGAACGAAGUGAGAGAGAAAAGGCUUUGGCAGCUGGAGAUUCUGCCAAUAAAGAAGCACUUCCGUUCGACGAUCACGUCCACGAUGACGCUCCGGUUGAUGCCACUAUUUUUUCACAGGUGCUUGACAACAAGGACAACAAAACAAGAACUUCAAGGAAGAGGAAGAGCGCUUCCUCCAAUAUGCAGCGGGGAGGGGUGGACCGCACUUCUUCUGUAAGUGGUAGAAUUUCCUUAGGCAGUGUCUGGGAUGAAGAUCAUGAACUAGACCUUUCGCGUGGACAAGAGCACGGUGAAGAACAUGGCGAUCCAGUUAAGAGUUACGCACAAGAAGUGUUAGGCUUGGAGAACCCAAGCGAUCUGCAGAAGAUGGCCACCACGCUGUCAAUACUAGAUGACCCUUCUUUCCAAAGGCUGCAAUUUAGCAUGAAAAUGCUUCAUGGUAACUAAUAAAUUCGUAGAAGGAAGCAGCAGGGUACUUCUAACUCCCUCCUGUAGGGGUGCUGUAGCAGGACGACCGUAGCAUUUAGUCUAGCAGGUUAGUCUAGCAGGUUCUUAGUCAGACUAGCUUAGUCCUAGUACAGUAGAUCUAGAUAGACAUAAAUCAACUUAGUCUCAGAUGACUUAGUAGAUAGUCAUAGUUGUGAUGUACAGGCAGACAAUACAGCUAGUUGUACGUUCUUGAUCUUGUUGUAAUCAACAAAUUUUUUUUCUGUAAGAGAUGCUUGUUCUGCACCACAUCUAGAAGAACUUCGUUAGUAGCUGAUCUAGAUCGUCAUCGUACCGUACUUUCUGAUGUAGAGCAGUCAGAACAUCAACAUGUCAUCCAUCAGCUCUGUAUAGUUGAAAAAUAAUGCGCUCCAUGUGCAUGCUAGUAGUCGGAUGUGCAUGGUAAAGUGAGUACACAAGAAUUUAAUUAGAACUUCAUUUAUACUGCUGGACAUGGACUUUGAGAAUCGUACUCUAUGAUUUUCCCAUAAUCCUCCUCUUCAUGAUUUCAAACGUAGACUAUGAUGUCCAUCAGGAGAUACGAAGAUCGCGCGACGAACCUAAAUGAACUGACCGUAACCGCCUCAU